AUUGUUGUUGUUGUUUUAAGGCGUUUUUGAACACCUGAUUUCUUUGUUUACGUGGAAAAUAAUCACGUUGUGUAAAUUCUACUGGCGCUGUAGAUCCUCUUCCCCAGCAGGGGUCGACGUCAUCCAGACUAUAAAUGCAGCAGUCUCCAUUCAACCAAGAUACAAAGCUGAAGCUAAAUGGAUUAACCUAACGCUCGACAUUUGAACGCUGUAUUUUAGAAGAAAAAAAAGAAGGAAGCUUUUUUCGAUUAACCAAAUGGAAAUAUUUGCAGAAUAAUUGAAAGGUCACUUAUAUUAUAAGGCAGGGAUCAGAGGCAUUACUAUGGCCAUUCAUUACGGUGGUUCAUCAUUAGUCCCACAAAAAAAGGAAAUAAAAUAUGUAAAAACGGUUAUCCAAGCUCACAAUAGAAUAGGCUAUAAUCAGUGUACAAAUUAAUAACUAUGUAUUUGUUUCUUUCUGGUUGAAAUAAGAAAAUUCUGUGUUGCGUUGUCCCCUAUAUUAUUGUUACACGUUAUGCACAUGCGUUUCAGUUUUUUUGUUCUCUACUUGUUGAGUCGGAUGUUGCUCACACGUCUAUUCAAACUCCUGCAGGUCCUCCUGAAUAUGAUUCAAACUCCUGCAGGUCCUCCUGAACGCAUCCACACCGACCGCCCAUAGGAUGGUGUUCAUGGGAAUCCUCGCCCGUUCGACAGCCGAGCCAAUCCCUGCGCUGCUGCUGACGUCACGCCCAUCGCCUAUGAUCGAGGAUCAGUGGAUCGGAGUCAAUCUGGGGCUGGCUGGAGAGAGAGACAGCACGGUGCAGAGGAUUUGGUCAAGCUUUUUUUAGCCGGGUUCAUUCGGUCUGUUUCGCAUAUCCAUUCUGCUUCCAAGCGUUUUUAUUCGGAAAAAAAACUGACGUUUCGGAUAAACGUUGCGGUCAAAGGGAUCGGGUCACCGGGUGAUUUCGGGUACAUCACUGGACCUGAUGAAUCGAGGGAUUAUCGGCUGCGCAGCGUGUUUCUGGGUCACCUGUUCGCGGGGAUUGAGAGUCCACACCUAAGCAGGACCGAACCUGGUCCUUUUUGGCGUUUUGAAUCCCAUGCUGGGAGGGUAUUUAUAAUGGAUUGGUUUUUCAUCAUUUCACCAUCGAAGCUUGGUUAGGAAGAGGCGGCUGCUGAUCGGACUUGGAUAUAAUCGGAAUCGGUGCGCAAAGGAUAAAUCCAACAGACGCAAAUAUGGCCAAACACUGUCCAGACGGAGUGGAUGUGAACAAACCCUCCGACGAGGACCUCCCGAGGCUCGCAAAGGACGAGCUGGUGAGAAGGAUACGGAGAGCGGAGGGCGAGAAGAUGAACCUGAUGGUCGAGCACGGGAAUAAGAUGAGAGACGUGAACCGCAGCCUACAGGUCCACCUCCACGAGAUCCGGAGUCUCAAAGAGGUGAACCAGAAACUACAGGACGAUAACCACGAGCUCCGGGAGCUCUGCUGCUUCCUGGACGAUGACCGGCAGAAGGGCAAGAAGCUGUCCCGGGAGUGGCAGCGGUUCGGCCGCUACACGGCCAGCGUCAUGUGGAAGGAUUGCGGCGUUUACCAGCAGAAGCUGCAAGACCUAGAGGCCAACCAGGAGUCGCUGAUGCGAGAGAACGCCGAGCUGAAGGAGAUUGUGGUGAUGCUGGACGAGGAGAGGAACGGAGCUGGCUCCCGGAGCUCCAUCGACAGCCAGUCCAGUCUCACCAACCUCAACGGGAGUUCGGUUACGGUCCGGGACGUCGGGGACGGUAGCAGCACCUCCAGUGCAGGGAGCGCCGGGAGUCCUGACCAUCACCUGCACCAUCACCACCCCAUGCACAGCCACAAACCGUCCGAGGGCAAGACAGCGACGCUAAGGAGGUCUAUGGACGACCUCUCCAGCGCUCAAUUCCACAGUAGAGCCAUUCCCAAUGGACUGAAUGAUGCUUCAGCAAACUACAUCAGACAAUUGGAAAACAAGGUGCGGAUACUGGAGGAAGACCACAAGCAGAUUCUCUUAAAGUCUGGUCCCGGGGAUACGAAAACCUUAAAGAAGGGCAUGACCCUCUACCACUCGGAGUCCCAGCUCUCCUCUCUUUGCCAGCUCCAGGAGAGCAUGCUCAACGGAACCCUGCGGACCCCCAGCGGUGAACCGUCACCCACGGGUGGCGGCUACCCCCCCCCGGGACAGAAGCCCGAAGCCGUGGUUCACGCCAUGAAGGUGUUGGAGGUGCACGAUAAGCUGGACAGGCAGAUCCCGGAGGACUAUGACGAGGACCUCAGUGAGAAGGAGAAGGCCAUCGUCAGAGAGAUGUGCAAUGUGGUGUGGCGAAAGCUGGGCGACGCGGCCGGCUCCAAACCCUCCGUCCGACAGCAGCUCUCCGGGAACCACUACAAGGGCCCCAAGUAGUGGCUCUCAGGGGGCCCAGGCGGGAGGUCCUCCCUCUGUUUUCUUUUGUUUCUCCGGGGGACCUUAUCUGGGAGCCGGAGACUCGUGCUUUUGUAACCCCCCGACACUCACACAGACUGUGCAGGUCGAGUUGAUGUUGAAAAGUGGUCCGCGAGCUGUACGAGGUGAAUUUAAACGGACCUAUCGGCUACCCGUACCAUUUCCUCUGGCCAAUCAAGGGACAAGACUGGAAAAAUAAUGCAGAGAAAUAUAUGAUUACCCUGCAGCAAGGCUAGACCCAACUCGAUGACCGUUGUUAAAGAAAAUAUAUAUUCCCCAAGGCCAUAUGGAAAGAUAUGCUUUUUUUUUUUUUUUAAAUCACAGAACUUGAAGCGUCUGUCAAUGAAGUAACAUGUCGUUUUUUUUGUCUUCUUGAGGUCCAUCUUAUCAGGGGUUUGGUGUUUGACUGAUGCACAUAACUAACGACACCAAUUCUGUAGAUGCAUUAUAAAACAUGGCCAGUCACGUGUCAAAGCAACCGCCAAUCCAAAGCAAAAAAGUGGCAUCCUGGAUCUACACAUUUCAUGAAAGGUAGCCAAAACGUGACAUGUGGUUACCUGAUUGAAAAAAAGGAUACACUGGUGUUCUCUCCUGUGAAUGCAUGAGUUUAAUGUAUUCACAGGAGACUAAAGUCUCCUGUGAAUACAUUAAACUCAAACUGAAUCGUCUUCACUUCACCUUGAGCCCUCCAGUCCCGACUUGCUAAAUUUGGGAAACUUGACCUAAAAUUGUGAGAAUUCCUGCAGGAGGAUCCUUCCCACUGAUGUCCAACUUUGUUGAACAAUCUUCCGAUAUGACAAUCUUUUCUGUUGUUAUGAAAUUCAGCUUCCGUGUGUGUAUUCAUCUAGAAGUCUGUGUUUGUGUUUCUGGUGCCGAUAUCUGACACCAAUGAGAGAGUGCCCCCCCCCCUACCCCAUCGGCUGAAAUAGCUAACAAUUGCACCCUUUACAUAUAAGCUGUGAUGUUUUGCCCACAUCGUGACUGGUGUCAUACACGUUGUCAUCGAUUCUCUUGAUUGAUGUUGUUGGAAGGCGACGCAUUACUGCCUGUGAGUUCUGUGAACUACCGGGCUUAUGCACGCCACGCAAACACAAAAACUAAAUCAGUUUGCCCAUAAGCUCUGUAGGCAACUUGAAGGGUGCUGUAGGUACGAUUUAAGAGCUAUUUUUUGAGUGUGAUGUGUUGAAAAUGGCUGCACCUGCCUCUUUAUGAGGUUUACAAACGUGACACAUUUUUUCUCUUCUGCCCUAUCCCGCUCUCUCUUUACAUCUCUUGAAUCUUACCUACAGCAGCUUUCACCAAAUGUGGACAUUUGCUGUGGUUUCAGAUUGCAAUGCUCUUGUCUGCAUAGCCUGACUGCUGAGAGAAGGUCUGUUUCUUGGUUUUCAAUCAGAACAAACCAUUCUUUCUUGAUUUAUAAAAUUGUUAUCCUGUUGGAUAUGUCCCCAGUAGCAAAGUACAGACCUUUUUACCCAAUACCUCAUUGCAAUUUUGUUAGUGAAUAAAAUGAAGUAUUCCCUGUGUAUACUCUUAUGUGUUGUAGUAUACACAAUGUACACUUUAUAGUAUAUACUGUCAGAAAUAUAUUAGGAGUUUUAGAAUUGUUGCAUAAGCACUUGCUAGGGGUAUUUGAAGACACUUGCUGCAUUAUUUUUUAUUUUGUAUGAGUCCCAUUUGAGAUACGUCAUUAUUUGUGCACCAUGCUGUUUUUCUUUAAAGAUUAUCGUGACUUUAUUUGCAUACUCUAUUCUCAUUCUAUGAGAUAACACAUGGCUUUUAGCCACUUCAUGCCACAAUCGUUUGGUUGUAUGUCCUGAAUGCAGCAGGUGGCUUUCAUUUUGUAGUGACUUCUGUUAUGGCAAGCCAUGUAUUAGCCUAAUAGGCAGCUUUUACAACAUGAGCAGUCAUGAUUUGAAGGUAAGAAAAGUCCACUUGAUAUGACAUUGUCAACUAGCCCUUGUAUUUUGAUUAAUAAAAUUAUAUAUACAUAUAUAUAUAUGUAUAUAUAUAUAUAUGUAUGUACAAACAAUAUUUUUGAAGAAGUUACCUUUUAGGCUAACAACUAUUCAAUGAUAACUAAUAACUUUUUUAUUUGAUGAUUUCAUGUUCCAAGCACAAUAGUUAACAUUUUUUGGACUUUUUUAUUUUUCAUAUUCAAAUACACUGCUUCUUUUGUCAUUGAAAGGUGUGGAUUUCAACCAUAUGAAUGCUAAUAUUGUCCUUGUGACACAUGGUAGGGCAUAAUGUAGUUAUGUAAAUAUACCUGCUCUCCAAUAACGAGGAAUAGCAUGCGUUUCUACAUUUUCUUUUUCAUAAACUAUGUAGCUUUAAAUUGAGGUAUUUUAGAAAUGUAUGCAAUAUGAAAAAAUAACCCAUUUUUAGAACACUUUGAAAUAAUAAAAAUGAAUAAUUUCUAUGUAAA